AUGCGAAGGUCUGUGCUAUCAGCAGCACCUCGAAACUCGCAAAAAGGCGACUUUGCAUCUGCCUCUGUAUCUGUUACUGCUGCCGCUGUAGCUGCCUCUGCAUCUGCUGUUACUGCUGCCGCUGUAGCUGCCUCUGCAUCUGCUGUUGCUGCUGCUGCUGUAGCUGUAGCUGCCUCUGCAUCUGCUGUUACUGCUGCUGCUGUAGCUGUAGCUGCCUCUGCAUCUGUUGUUGCUGCUGCCGCUGUAGCUGCCUCUGAUCCCUCCUCGUCUCCAUUUGCCGCACGCCAUCUUGGAAGCGCUUCAGACACUUCGACUGCUGCACUUUCGGGGGUUGCUGCUGCCUCGAGUAGCUCCAUCGCCGCGGAAGACAGCAGUGUGACACCUCUAGCCUCAACACUGGCUGCGGGGGAAAAGCAGGCCGCCCUUCUGCUCGAAGAACGAACGUGCUGCGCUUGCUGCUGCUUCUCGACAUCCGCUGCAGGAGCUAACGGAGAAUUCUCAGAGAAACGCAUCCUAGAAAGUGGCAAAGUGCAGCUUAUCCCGAUAAGCGUUUCUUCCAAUUCUGAUGGCCAAGUAUCCUUAUGUUUACUUGACAGUGGAUGCAAAGUGGAUUUGUUCACUAAGGAUUCAGCACAGAGGUGCAAUCUGCCUGCUAUGAGCACAAUCCCAGAGGCGGGUUUACUUACGGGAACGGGAGGCAGGAUGCAAAGAUUGGGGCUGCUAGAGUCUACUUCAGAUUUGAUUUUGGUUUCUAGUAUGAUGAUCGGUAUCCUCUGUUUGAGAGUUAUGCACAAUAAGUUAAUCCUAGCUCUCCCCUAUGUGACUCAAUGGUGGCCAUGCAGGUGUGGCAGCGGCGCGCUGUGGAGGUUAUUUCACAUGGAAUCGCUAGGAAGAAGCAACUCUUGGCAUCUUUAA